ACACGGAGCUAGUUUCGUUAUCCCUGUUCACUUUUAGAUUGCCAGAGCGUGUAUUUCAUAUAUAAUCUUUCGUCUUUCGUCUUUCAUCCUACAUAAUUCAUCAUUCAUCUUCCAUCGUUCAUCAUCAUCGUUUACCAUUCAUCCUCACCUUCCAUCUCUUCUUCAUCUACAAGACUACAAUCUCCCAUCUCAGAUGGCGCCUUCAAUCCUUGCAGAAAUAACUCGUCCCGAUCUGGAAGACACCAGUCAUGAUUUCCCAGCCACAAUCACAGAUCUACAGCACCUCUCGUCCUACAACUGGAUCGAGACCAAGAACCCCACAAUCGCCGUGCCCGGCUGUCCAAACCUCUGGACCGGUCUCCGUCGCGCCAGCGCAGUCAAGAAAGACUCUGGUCUCAUCUACAUCUCCCAGAAUGCGGCCCGCCACCCGGACAGUCCGCUCGAGCCGCUCUUCCGCGCCCUAUACCUAACCCAACCGUCCUUCGACAUCACCACCGUCGACCUCGUCAGCGACCGCAACAAUCUGCGCAAACUCCUCUCAUUCGUCGAUCCCAACACCCCUGCGCGCCGGCGCGAGUCCUUCACCAUCAGGGUCGAGUGCGUCAAGGACACGAUUGUGUUCUGCCGCGAAGACACGGCGGCGACGACGUAUAUCGGCAAGAAUGAAUUCAUGGGCUACGGGCAUAGCUUCGAGGAGGCCUGCACGGAGAACCAGGUCGAGCACGGCACCGGACAUCACCGCAUCGUCUCCUACACCUUUCACGGCCUGAAGCUGCUCGUCCGCUUUGAGACGGACGGAUAUGUGCUGGACAAGCAGGACCAGAAUCCUCAUGUCCCCUCGCCAUCCAAAUCCACGUCCACAUGCACUUUCACACCUCCCGCCCACGACGACGAAGCCUCUCUCGACGCCCUCCUCCAAACCCUCACCAUAAGCCCCUCACAACCCCCCACACCCCUCACCUUCCCGGCCUUCAAACUCACCAUCCACCCCACAGGCCGCACCAUCGCCGCAUCCUCCAUCCUCGAAAUCAAGACCCGCGUCCAGCACAAGCCCAUCCCCCUCGCCGAGAUCGCGCCCCAGCUCUGGCUCUCGCAGACGCCGAAGCUCGUGCGCGCGUACCACGAGCGAGGCACGUUUGGCGUCUCCUGCGUCGAGGACGUGGCUGGCGAGCUGGCGGCGUGGGAGAAGGGGAAUGAGGGGGUUUUGAGGGGGUUGGGGGUGUUGAUUCGGAGGAUUGGGGCGGUGGUGAGGCGGGUUGGGAGUGGGGUUGUGCGGUUUGAUGAGGGGGGGGAUAGGCUGGUUGUUUGGGAUGGGGGUGAGGGUGAGAGGAUGUUGCCGGGGGAUCUGUAUGCGCGUUGGGAUGGGGUUUAGAUGGGGGUGGGGAGGGAUGCGUGGGUGUUGGAGGAGAGGUUUUGCAUUGAGAUGGAUGGAGGCUGGCUUGUCGACUGGAUGGGCUUUUUAUAUCUGGUUUGACUGGUAUUCAGCAUGGGUCAUCUGCUCUCUGGGGUUGAGCAUUGGAAUAGUGCGCUCUCAUACUGUUAUAGCGAGAAUUUCAAUUACGUGAGGCAUUG